UGUGCACAUAUCCGUGUUUAUUUUCUAGUAUUUUCAUUUGAAAUAAGCAAUAGAAAUGGCUAUGGCUUCUGCAUAUCUCCUCUUCCUCGUCCUCCUCUCCCCAGUAGUUUUUGCCAAAGAUAUCAAUGUUGGUGAUGAUAACGGCUGGACGAAUGGGAUUGAUUACUCCAAUUGGGUUUCAAGUCAAAAAUUCAAUGUCGGUGAUAAGCUCGUGUUCACCUUUGGUAUCACUCACAGUCUGGCUGAAGUAAGCAAAGAUGAUUAUGACAACUGCAACACCGGAAACCCUAUAAAAUCUUAUAGUUCCAGCCCAACCUCCAUAACUCUUAAAAAAGCUGGCACAAUGUACUUCACAUGUCCAAGAUUAAGUCACUGCUCUCAGGGCAUGAAAUUGGCAAUCAAUGUCACCCCCACCAGCACCACUCCUGGUGGCUCACCACCACCAUCGCCGCCCUCAGCCACCACCCCGUCACCACCUUCAGAAACCACUCCAUCGCGUCCCAGGUCACCUACUACUCCGGACAGCCCACUUUCACGGCCUUCUACUACGGUCCCGCCAACGCCCACUGGUGGUGCUACAAGCAUUUUUGGUGGCUUCAGUAAUUUGAUGGUUGUUUUGGUAGCUUGCUUUGUGUUUGUGGCCUAGGCAAGAGGCAGUGCUGUUGUUGAAUGAGAUGUAAUCAUGUUUAUUGUAUUGUUAUUAUUUUUGUAUGAAUAACUGAUGAUUGUUACCAUUGUUCUUUUUC